AUGGAGAAGAUAUCCGAAAAACACGUGAAAAAGUUUGGUGCAUCAGCGUGUGUUUUCAGGGCUACGAAGGAAAGACCUAGAGAUGAUAAAGUGUACAAGAUUAAAGAUAUUGUUAAUGAAUUAAACGAACUUUUUGCAAAUACAAUUGAUCAGGUAAAGAAGGCGUGUGAUUUAGUCACACCUCUAGAAGACAGAAUGCGAAUCAUGAUCCGCUCGAGUGAACUUAAGUCCCCCAUAAGCACGCAACUGCGCAACUGUUGCCUGCAAUUCAAACAACUUCAAACCGGACAAAAAGACUGCGUUGAGAUUUCAGAUGAAAAAUAUAUGUGUUCGGAUUGUUUCAAGAUUUGUCGCUCUGCUGCAUGUUUUAAUCGUCAUAAAAAAUCGCGUCGGUCCAAAAGGGUUGACUUGCCAUCAAUGUGUGACAAGUCGUUUCAAUGUCAAAUGUGUUCAUCUAUAGUUGACAAAGACAGACAAAACGAACAUCGCUGUGGGGAAACUGUAUGUCAUAUAUGCAAUAAGUUUGUACUUGAUGAUCAUUUAUGUUUCAUGCAAACGGAAAACCCAAAACCCAAGAAUGAUAGUCUAAUAUUUUACGAUUUUGAGACAGAUUUUUCAACCGGAGAACAUGUGGUUAAUUUUGCUGUUGCACAAUAUUUAGACGGUACAGAAUUUGUUUUCAAGGGUUACAACGCAUUGAACGAGUUUUGUUCCUUCUUAUUUUCAAGAAAACAUAAAGGUUUUACAGCAAUUGCCCAUAAUUCUAAGGCAUUUGACGGUGUUUUCAUUCAGAGAUGGUUAAUUGAAUACAGACCGACUGCUAAUAUACAUCUUAUAAAUACGGGACAGAAAAUUAUGCAACUGACAGUGAAAGAUUAUCAAAUCCGUUUAAUUGACUCGCUGAUCUUUUUACAAAUGCCUUUAGCUAAAUUUCCUAAAACAUUUGGACUCGAUGAAACAAAAUUUUCCAAAGGUGACUUUCCGUUUUUGUUUAAUACAAUAGAAAAUCAAAAUUAUGUUGGCCCGAUACCUGAUAUUAAAUAUUACAGUCCUGAUUCAAAGUUCAAAAAAGAUCACACCAAAUUGAUUGCGUGGCAUGAAGAACGAAAUAAAAAUAACUUUGUCUUUGAUUUCCAAAAGGAAAUGGCUAAAUACUGCUCUCAAGACGUUACCAUACUGCGUUUAUGUUGUUUGCAAUUUAGGGAUUUAUUUCUCGCAGAGACUAAAGUUGAUCCAUUCUGUUAUUAUACCAUUGCAGCAGCCGUAAUGGCAAUUUAUCGGUCAAAAUAUCUUCAACCAAACACAAUAGGAAUCGUACCGAAAAAUAUGUAUCGAAAUUCAAAUAAACCCUUCUCUCAAAGCGCAAUCGUGUGGCUUGAAUUUGUAUCUGCGCAAACUAAAUGCAAAAUACAACACGCUCUCAAUGGCGGAGAAAAAAAAGUUGAAGAUCCGGAAUUAGGUAAAGUGUACUAUGUCGACGGCUUUUGUGAAGAAACAAACACUAUAUUUUCUUUUUAUGGUUGUCUUUAUCAUGCAUGCCCAUCUUGUUACGAUUUAAGAAAUGAUCAUCCCUUUUUUAAUGAGAAACAGUUUUAUGACGUAUUUGAUGAAACAAUUAGACGACAAAAUAGACUUUUACAAUUGGGUUACGAGGUUAAGACGAUUUGGGAACAUGACUAUUGUAAACUUAAGGAAACGGACGAAAUGAAACAGUUUUUGGAUACAGAUGACAUUGUAACGAAUCUUGAACCACGCGAUGCGUUUUUUGGUGGCAGAGUCAAUGGGUUUAAGCUUUUUAGGGACGCCCAACAAGAUGAAACAAUUGAAUAUGUUGAUUUUACAUCGUUGUAUCCUUACGUUAACAAAACAAAAGUUUAUCCUGUAGAUCAUCCAACAAUCAUUCGCGAGAAUUUUGAAACAAUUUCGAAUUAUUUCGGACUAAUAAAAUGCAAAGUUUUAGCUCCCAGAAAUUUGUAUAUUCCAAUUUUACCUUCACGAAUAAAGGAUAAACUCUUUUUUCCUUUAUGUAAACAGUGUGUUGUACAAAACUCUUCAGUGUGUACUCAUUCGGAAAAUGAGCGUGCUUUUUGGGGUACUUUUACCACAGUUGAAGUAUUGAAAGCUAUCGAAAAAGGAUAUAAGGUUAUUGAAAUUUUUGAAAUUUGGCACUUUGAAAACACAAGCUCGGAUUUGUUUUCGGGUUAUGUGAAUUAUUUUCUCCGUAUAAAGCAAGAGAGUUCAGGAUUUCCGAGUCGUAUACAAACUCCAGAGGACAGACAGAAAUACGUGGCCGACUAUUAUGAAAACGAGGGAAUACUGUUAAGGCAUGAUAAAAUAGAUUACAAUCCAGGCUUAAGAGCAUUGGCUAAGCUAUGCCUUAACAGCAUGUGGGGUAAAUUUUGUCAAAAAGACAAUCGACUAAAUACAGAAUUCAUUAAUGAUCCUCUAUAUUUCUACAGACGUUUGAACGGGGCCGACAUUGAAAUGCACGAUCUUUGCAUCUUGAAUGAUGAUUUAGUCGAAAUUGUCUUUAAGAGAAAGCAUGAGUAUGAAGUAGAAAACAAACUAACAAAUAUCUUCAUAGGAAUUUUUACAACUGCAUGGGCUACAUUAGAACUUUACAAUGUGAUGGAUUUGUUACAAGGUAAUCUUUUAUAUUGCGAUACGGACAGUUGUAUUUAUGUAAAUAAACCGGGUGGUCCAAGGCCAAUCUUAGGGGAUUACCUGGGUAAUUUAACAAACGAAAUCACUCAAGAACAUGGGGAAGGUCGUGGACCAUUACUUCUUUUGCAUUUGCACGAUAAACGAAGUAUGUUGGAUGUUGCAUUGCUUUUGGUACUGAGACACGAUCCAAGGUUUCUAACAUUAUUUGUGCCAAUAGAAUGA